UCAACCCCAGCCUCAGGCAUGAGCUGCACUCUGGACACUUAAGAGUGGAUGAUGGCGGUGACAGAGGGGCCUGUGCUGCAGAUAGAAGCUCUGUCUGAGGGAAUUAACCAACUCACGUAUUUGCUUAGCCGAGAUGAGGUUCUGAAGGAGAUGAGACGCCCUCAAACAGCACUAGUCUGAGAGGAUGCCACGCUGGCCACGCUAACCAACACAGCCAAUCAACCAAGGGAAAGCGCGGCCUCAUACCAACCCAAACUCAACGUAGGGUGCUUUACCAGCAACCUCAACUGGCACUUAUCUCAUCAUAAUACAGGACUAUAAUGAACACUACUUCUGUAUUAGUGACAGAAACACAAUGAACGUUGAAGCCAUUGUCUUACGUGUGUCAUUGGAGUGUAGCUCUUUCAAACUUAAUAGUGUAUGUACUUUGUAUUUUUGGUGAAAAGUAUAGGCCUACCGCAAGCCACUUAAACAUGUAUUAAAGUGUUCUUUUCCCUACGUAAUCUAUUUCCCUGUAAUAUUGUACAAUAUAUGUACAUAUCAUAUUUUACAACUUGUUUGUUACGUAUACUGAACAAACAUAUAAACACAACAUGCAACAAUUUCAAAGAUUUUACUGAGUUACAGUUCAUAUAACAUCAGCACACGUGACCUGCGGUUGUUAGGUCGGUUGGAUCUACUGCCAAAUUCUCUAAAACAACAUUGGAGGCGGCUUACGGUAGAGAAAUGAACAUUCAAAUUAUCUGGCAACAGCUCUGUGGGACAUUCCUGCAGGCAGCAUGCCAAUUGCAUGCUCCCUCUAAACUUGAGACAUCUGUGACGUGUUGUGUGACAAAAGUGGCCAUAUAUUGUCCCCAGCACAAUGUGCACCUGUGUAAUGAUCAAUCUGUUUAAUCAGCUUCUUGAUAUGUCACACCUGUCAGGUGGAUGAAUUAUCAUGACAAAGGAGAAAUGCUCACUAACAGGGAUGUAAACAAAUUUGUGCUCAACAUUUGAGAGAAAUAAGCUUUUUGUGGCUAUGGAACAUUUCUGGGAUCUUUUAUUUCUGCUCAUGGAACAUGGGACCAACACUUUGCAUGUUACGUUUCUAUUUUUGUUCAGUAUAUGUUUUCAAAGUUACCUGGACAUAUCCCUGAUUAAAAUAAGGCACUAGGUCAUACUGGAAACAAACACACCCAACACUUAAUACAGCUCAUUUGUAUUAGAACAAUAAGAAACAGGUUUUUCCAUGUUUCCACACAUAAUUGGCAUAUAUUUGCAUAGGCAGAUGUAGUCUCUGUGGUACGUCCCUAUAACAAGUCACCAGACCAGAGGAUCCCUUCUGUGAGAGAGCAAACACUAAGGGAAGCCUGCUCUCUAAGAGUUCGGUAACCCAGUGUACUGUCCAAAGCCAAGUAUAACCUGUAUGAGGAUCCUUCUGCUGGUUGUUCAUCUGCUUCAAUCCAGCACAUCCUAAUAUCUCACUAGGGUUCCAGAGAGGAGAGAGGGGCUGGAGCUGUUCCAAACAUCAAAGGCAGACCCAUACUGGUUAUAAGGGAAACCACCCUCUGACCUAGUCCUGUAGACAUGGGGAAGAUAGAGAGCAAACAACCAGCCCCGGACAUACCCAAGAAAAUCUCAACCUGGUGGGAGAGGCUACAGAAGAAGCCACCAGCUCCAAACAUGACCAUUCCAAACAUGAACUUUAACUUCCCAACCCUGUGGGGAAGGAGAGAGAGCAAGCUACCAGACCCAGACAUACCCAGUAUAUUCUCCACUCUGUGGAGAACCCCCAACAACCCCAACGAUUUUGUCCCUCUAUUCACCGACUGUGUGGGGAUAGCUGCAGCUAGGACCCAGGAGUACCUCCUGUUCCUGGACCCAGAGGACAAGUUCCAGCCUAGCCCGUCAGCCCUCAAUGAUAUCUUUCUAAUGACCUACAUCACCCAGAGCAGCCACCUCCACAUGACCGACUCCUUCAACUGCACCACCAUGACCAAGCAGCAGCGCAUCCUCCUUGGUGCUGACUGGGUGUGGGCUGUGCUGGAGAGGCCCACCAAGAACCCCCGCAUCCAGAUCGCCGUGCAGAUCCUGCACCUGCCCGAGAGGGGGGGAGGGCCAGCCGAGGACAUCCCCCCGGAGGUAUACACUGAAUCCAUGCAGAUGGCCAAGAUGGAGUCUGCUCAUAAGAACAAGGCAGAGAGGAUGGUAGAUUUCUGUGCCUCCAUCGGUAAUGACUGCUACGCCCUCUUUCUCCUCUUCGGCCGCAAGGGCGACCCGGGUAACAUCUACGGAGUGCUGAGCAACAACUUUCACGCUGCUAUAGGGAAGACUAAGAUCAACCGUGCACUCAUUGAGAAUUUCUUUAAAGGAUCCAGGUACUUACACACACCCACUGGAAUGCUACAGGCUAUUGUCACCAAGAGAGAUUCUGACCCUUUAACUUUGCUCAUCAAGUUUACCUGACCAGUGUGAUCGAUGACAGAGCAGCCAUAUGGGACCUUUCAGAUUACUCUGUUAACUGUAGUGUUUCACAUGGGAGGAUGGACUGUUGUGAUUGGUGGGUUUAUGCUUGCCUGGGACUUGGGGACCGAGUGUGCUGAAAUUGGCCUGUGUCCAUAUCUCGUUUGUGGACUACUGACCCAUGCCUGCUGACAGCUGCUCACACCCCUGUGGUUAGUAUUUCUGUUAGAGCUCUAUUCAAUCAGAUCCGCUUUAGCCGACAUCCACAUAGCGGUUCUUUUGGCAGUGUCGGAGAUUAAACUGCGUUAGAGCUGUCAAAUCCAAAAGCGGCUCCUGACAUUAUACCGAAAGCGAACAUUGCUAUUGGCUGCGCAGAGUCACAUUAACAGAAAUCCCACGCAGCCUUGUUUACAAGUUGGAACACUGGAAUGUGAGAUGGAAUCUACAUCUCCAUUAAGAUGAUAGAAACCCUCAUUAUUUAGUUGAAUGAUUUUCAAUUUGAGCAUCAUUAUUUCUACAUAGCCUACACUUUCUCCUUCUGAACUUCUAACGAAAGUGGGACGGGUGGGGCUUUGUGACAAAGAUCAAGAGCAGCUGCUCACCGAUUUGACAGCUCCAAUGCAGUUACACCUCCGACACAGCCAAAACAUCAGCUAUGCAGGUGUCGGUUAUUGCCAGUUAACGCAUGAUCUGAUUGAAUCUAGGCCUUAAUGGACUUAACACUUCACUGGCAUUGCACUUAUGUGGAAAUUCACACAAACGACCUGUCUGCUAUCACUACUCAUUGACAUUAAAACCUCUGUACAGCUUAUGUUGACAUGGAAACUAUGAUUUGCCACAAAAUAUGUUUGUAUUUUCAAGGAUGGACUUUACGACUGAACACAUUGUGAUAGCUUCACCCAAAACCUAAUUCUAAGAUCAUUUGAUUAAGGUGGAUUGUUCUCUUAAAGUUGAGUCAAAGUAGAAAAUAACAGGAUGGGGAGUUCAAAAAUAAAUUAAUAUAUAUUUC